CCAACCUGCCAGCCCCGCGCACUCGCCCAGUUCUGCAGACUCGCCGCCGCGAGCAGCUGUUGAAGUACUCGAGCCGCCUUCUUCCGGGUUUGCCAUUACCGAGACUUUGCGUAAUCUAGGCACGACUGUUCGGAGCGUUAUCUCCAACUUUGGCCAAACGUCAGCGUCGGUUAGCAGUGCAAUGGAGCAGGCAGAGGCCGAGGAUAUGGAAAUGGACGCGAACGACGUUGUCAGUGCCGGACCGGCAUCACCACAUUCGCCUUCGUUUGGGUCAGUGGCUUCGCUAUCUGGUGAUGGUGGAAGGAGCGAGGGCUUCUUGUCGCCAAGAAGUGAUUUUACGUCGAGAACUCUUGCAAGUCAUUCGCCGAUAUUGGCCGCAACGCCCCGUAGGCAGCUCGAUAUUUCUCAGUUUGGCACAAGUCGGAAGGGUGGCAUUGAUUAUGAUGAUAUAACUCUUGCUGGUCAGGCCUUUUCUCCGCGUCGGCGUGGUGACGUUCAACCUUCUCAAUCAAUAGAUAUUGCUCGUUUAUUGGAAAAUGACUUGCGCCUUCGCGAUACUGGUGAUAGGCCCAGAGCUAUUCGCGAUCCAGCUGGGACAAUAUCUUAUAUAGCUGGCAGUUCUAUUAGUCUAAUCGAGGUUAAAGUGGCAUUCAAAGACUAUUUGGAGAAUUUCAAAAUGCAGAUGAGGAAAGAGAAAGAAGGACAAGAAGUCAAUGAAGAAGAUCUAGAACCUUUCUAUCCAAGAUACUUACUGCAGAUUAUGGAGUCGGAAGAUCACAGAUUCAACCUCGAUCUUCAGAACCUGCUUGCGUACCCUACUACUGUUAAAUUGUAUCAUCAUUUAAUUAAGUAUCCUCAAGAAGUAUUGACUACGCUGGAUGAUGUUGUUACCGAAGUAUAUGCAAAUCAAUUCAAUAGAAAUUUUAUUGAAUGUAAUAUUAAAGUUAGACCAUUUAACAUUGGCAAAUCGACAAACAUGAGAGAUUUGAAUCCUUCUGACGUCGACCAUCUUGUAUCAAUUAAAGGAUUGCUUAUUAGGGUAUCACCAGUAAUUCCUGAAAUGACGAUAGGUUAUUUUAAAUGUCGUGCAUGUGACAAGGUUGUCACAGUUGACGUUGAGCGUGGUCAAAUAUCUGAACCACAACGAUGCCCACGUGCAAUAUGUAAUUCGGCGAAUACUAUGGCAUUAAUACAUAACAAUUGCGAGUUCAAUGACAAACAAAUCUGCCGGCUGCAAGAGACUCCCG